UAUCAUUGAAACUCCUUUGAGUUUGGACAAAUCUCACCCAAAAUUAUUAGUGAAAUUUUGUGAGUAAGAGUGCUUCCUUUCUCCUCUCACGUAUGUGUACUAUUAUUUUUUUUUUGUUAUUAAUUAUUGUGUUGUUAUUAAUAUGUUAGAUGGAUAUGAAUGUUGAGAAUGUGGAACAAUGCGGUGAUUCUCUCACAAUUGAAGAAGUGACUGAAGUUACGAACGAUGGAAAAUUGUUAUGGGAUGAGUCACUCAUUGAAAAAUUCGUGAAUAUUAUGGUGGAAGAAGUUAAGGCUAAUAAUCGUAGUGGCACAACAUUUAGUAAAAGUGGUUGGAGUAAUUUAGUCAAACAAAUGAAUGUUCACACGGGGAGAAAAUUUGGUUUAACCCAACUUCGGAAUAAGUUUAAUGGUUUGAGGAAAAUUUAUACUGAGUUUAAGAAAUUAUUAUCGGAGACUGGCGUGGGAUAUAACCAUGAGACGGGCAUGGUUAUAGUUGAGGAAGAGAGAUGGGACAGGUUGUGCAAGGUUGUUACGAAUGCAAAUAAGUAUAAAAAGUAUGGAUGUAAGCAUUUUGACAAGAUGUCGACUAUAUUUGGGGACACAUAUGCAAGAGGGAUGCAUGCCCACCCAUCCACUACAGCACCACCCACAAUCAUUUUGCCCACUCCCAAUGAUGACGAUGAUGAGGAAGAGGGUUGUGAGGUCAGUCCCCCCACCUUUACGUAAAGGUAAGAAAGCCAAAAGAGAUGCUUUAUCUCCUGGUAUAGCUGCACUCUUGUCAAACAUGAAUGAGAAUUCUGAGAGGAGAGCUGAGAGAAUGGAAGCUGCAAUAGAGAAAGCAGCUAAAGCAUCUUCUACUUCUACUCGUGUAUCUUCAUGUGAGAAAGGAGAUGAUGAAGUUCUCUCUCCCUCAAAAAAGGAUAGAGAUUAUGAAAUGUUUGACGCCUCCAUGCUCCUUUUACAAAAAAUACCUGGAAUUGAGAUGGCCCAAUUCGCUAAGGUAUCGAAGUUAUUACAUGAUUCUGAGAAGUGACAGAAAUUUUUUCUUUCGGCACCUGAGGAUGUAAGAAUUGGUUGGGCACUGAAUGUUUGAGUUUUUCUUUAUGGAUGAUUGUGUUUUGUGUCAUCGUUUAACUUAUUACUAUCUCACAUUUGGAUGACUGUAAUAACUUAAAUACUUUUAUUAUCUCACAUUUGGAUGACUGUAACAACUUAAAUAUUUUUAUUAUCUCACAUCUGGAUAACUGUAAUAACUUAAAUACUUUUAUUAUCUCACAUUUGGAUUACUGUAAUAACUUAAAUAUUUUUAUUAUCUCACAUCUGGAUUGCUGUAAUAACUUAAAUACUUUUAUUAUCUCACAUUUGGAUGGCUAUAAUAACUUAAAUACUUUUAUUUCUUGGAUGCCUGUUAGUACUCAAAUACUUUAAUACCAUUAUUUAAAUGUUUGUUUUAUUAUUUAAAUGUUUUGUUUAUUAUUUAAUUGAUUUGCUUAUUAACUUA